AUAAGAAAUAAAAUUUAAAAACAAUACCCAAAUGAAUCGGAUCUAGAAUUAUAAACUUAUAAUUAAUCCUUCACUAAUCUUCUUUUUCUUUUCAUUUCAGUCAAUUUUGAAGCUUCUCCUCAUUGAUUUGCAUCAGCCAUGGCCGAGAUUGAACUUAAGACUGCCCCAGCUGAUUUCAGGUUCCCAACAACCAACCAAACUAGGCACUGUUUCACACGCUAUGUCGAGUUUCAUAGGUGUGCUGCUGCAAAAGGUGAUGAGGCUGCUGACUGCCACAAAUUCGCAAAAUACUACCGUGCACUUUGCCCUGGUGAAUGGGUUGACAAGUGGAACGAGCAGAGAGAGAACGGGACUUUCCCAGGCCCUCUUUAAUUAGUUACCAUCAGAUUUGCAACAUCCUUUUGGUUAAUAAUGAAGAAGCAUUUGUUUGCAUUGAUGUUCUUGUUUGAAUUGUCAAGGUAUCAAUAAGGAAAACUUCUUUCUACUUGUUA